GGGAAAAAGGUGGAAGCGACACGUGCGCCCGUUCGCUGGGUUCCAUGCUGGCGGGUGACCUCGAAAUAGUCCCUCCCACUUCCCCCUCCAACGGGGGGCAAAAUCGAAAGAAAAAUAACUCUAAACCCUUCCACCUCCUGUUUUUCGUCCGAUCUCAUCCCACCUCCGCCUGCGAGAUCCCCAGAUGGCCUUAGCCGGGCGGCGGGACGCCCCCCUCAUGCUACGCGGCGGGGGGAAGCCCUUGUCACGCGGGUCCCGCAUCGCGGUCGCGGUCGCCGUCGGCGUCGCGCUCGGCUGCGUCUUCGCCUUCCUCUACCCCGACGGCCUCUUCUUCCGCCCGUCCGCCUCUGCUCUCCAAUGGCCGCUCCAUGUUGACUCGACUGCUUGUGAAUCAUCAGAGAGGGUCACCAACCUUAAGUCCCAGUUGGCAUCAUUAGAGAGGAAGAAUGCUGAGCUGAGCAAGCAGAUUAAUGAACUAUCCAUGAAACUUCAAUCAGAUGGACAAAGAAAAGAUGAGACUCUGUAUAAGGCUGGUCCUCUUGGAACUGUCAAGGCUUUGAGAACAAAUCCAACAGUAAUCCCUGAUGAAACUGUUAAUCCCAGGUUGGCCAAGAUACUGGAAGAUGUUGCUGUGAAAAAGGAACUUAUUGUUGCAUUGGCAAACUCCAACGUAAGAGAGAUGCUUGAAGUUUGGUUUACCAACAUCAAGCGAGUUGGUAUUCCAAACUAUCUAGUGGUAGCAUUGGAUGAUAAUAUAGAAAGCUUCUGCAAAUCAAAAGGGGUUCCAGUGUACCGACGUGAUCCUGAUGAUGGUGUUGACAAUAUUGCAAAAACUGGUGGAAACCAUGCAGUGUCUGGACUUAAAUUUCGUGUUUUAAGGGAGUUCUUGCAGCUUGGAUAUAGUAUUCUCCUCUCUGAUAUUGAUAUUAUUUUGUUGAGGAACCCAUUUGACCAUCUUUACAGAGAUUCUGAUGUGGAGUCCAUGAGUGAUGGCCACAACAAAAUGACGGCUUAUGGUUUCAAUGAUGUGUUUGAUGAACCUUCCAUGGGCUGGGCAAGAUAUGCUCACACAAUGCGGAUUUGGGUUUACAACUCUGGAUUUUUCUAUAUAAGACCGACAAUUCCUUCUAUUGAACUUCUGGAUCGUGUAGCUGGCCGCCUUUCUCGUGAGAAGGCAUGGGACCAGGCAGUUUUCAAUGAGGAACUUUUCUUCCCAUCUCAUCCAGGUUAUGAAGGUCUUCAUGCAUCCAGAAGAACCAUGGAUAUAUAUCUGUUUAUGAACAGCAAAGUUCUCUUCAAGUCUGUGCGGAAAGAUGCUCAGCUCAAGAAGUUAAAGCCAGUAAUUGUGCAUUUGAACUACCAUCCGGACAAGUUAGAUCGGAUGAAAGCUGUCAUUGAGUUCUAUGUCAAUGGGAAACAAGAUGCACUGAUGCAUUUCCCUGAUGGAUCAGAAUGAGAAAACUGCAGUUUUUCAGGAUUGCAUAUCAUGUGAAACACUGCUGUGGACCGGAUUUGAGCACCAGAUAUUUUGUGUCCGUGAUGUAAAUCGUCGCUCCAUUCAUGUGUUCUGGGUUUAGAGGUACAUAAAGUGAUCUGAUCUUGAUUUGUUCUUUUCUGCUGCGUCGCUAACCAAAAUGCAACGUGGAGAACAUGUACAUUCUUACCCACCAGCAUAUGCCCAUUCGACCCGUUGUCCGGUACCUACCGCCCGCUGCUUCAGCACGUUUUCCCGUCUUCUUCACUACAGGCACCGAUCGUUUUCUCUUCACACGUCGCCACGCCUGUAGGUAGCGCCACUGUGCCUACUCGAUACAGAACAUGCCCCCAUUCCGUCAAAUCGUCUUAGGCUGCUGGCGCAAUGGCCUGGAAAAGAAUCAAAAGAAAGGAGAAUCGGGCUGUGUAUAUAGUGCUAUUUAUUUAGUUGAUUGUAUGUAUCUAGCUUUGUUAAGAAGAGAUUGUGUUUGGCUGUUUCUAUAAGUAUAUAUAUGUUGUAUUAGAUUGAAAUAAAAAUUAAA